AUGCCAACAGUACCAAAUCUCUACGAGCUCCUAUCGGAACUUAAUGAGUCAACAGAUUAUACAAAGGAUGCAAUAAGUAGCCGUCGAAGCAGUAGUGGAUCAACGAGUACAUCAGAUCCAUAUUCAUUACAUGAAUUCUAUAAAUAUUUGAAAAAAUGUCAUUGUGAUGAAAAUUUAGAAUUUUUUAAUAAGACAAGAAGAUUCCUAGUAUCUGAAAAUACUUUAUCACGUAGUCUUUCGACAGAUAAUAAAUAUUGGAAUGAUCAAGUUUAUAAUAAAUUUAUUAUGGUUGAUUCUCCAGCACAAUGUAAUUUCCCACAAUACGUUAGAGAUAAUUUUGAUGCAUGUCAUUUAGCAGGAGUUAGACCUACUCAAACGGAUAUAAUUAAUGCAAUAGAAAUUGUAAUGGGAAUGUUAUUUGAUGCAUAUUCACGCUAUUUAAAUCAUAUUCAAACUAAUGACCGGUUUAGUGAUGAAGAAGAAGUAGGAGAAAGUGAAAAAGAUCUUAUUAGACAAGAUGAAUCAACAACAUCACAAGACUAUGAAGAUAAAUCAAUAUCGAGAUAUGGUUUAGAUAUGGAGAAAUUAAAUGAAGAUAUUGCACAUAUGACACUUACUAAUUCUAUGUCUUCUGCCACUACUAUUACAAAUACCAAUACCAUUAAGCAUACAAAUACAAAUACCCCUUCAAGAAUGACAUUAAAUGUUAAAUUGCCAACGCCUGAAGAAACAAGACAAAAACAAUCAUUGAAGACUGAUAAUGAUGUUAGACCAAGUUUAAUUACAAAAGGCAAAUUAUUCUUACAUAAAUUACAAAAGAGACAUCCAUAUCGUAAUCAAACUGAUAAGACAAAUAAAAAUAAAAAUAAUACCAUGCUUACUACAAGUAGUAAUACAAUGAAGAAAAAAAAUGGUAGAAAUACAUCUCCAAAGGGUUUAAAGAAGACAAGAAGUAAUACCCAUAGUCAUAAGCAUACACGUAGUAGUACCGUUCAUUCUAAAAGUGCAGCGACAUCAUUAACCAUGGAUAGACCAACUAUCCCUGCUAGCACUUCCUAA